CCGUCAACAUCGAGGGCCUGUUCCCCGACACCCCGAGGGGCUGCUUGUUCGUGGCGGGGGCCCACUUCAGCCUGGUGAGGGUUCCCCUCACCUGGGAGGCCUCCACCCACCAGAGGGCAAUGUCCUGUGUCCUCAGCCUCACUGCGCGCCUCCACAGCUGCAACGCCCUGAUGGAGAGCCGCACCCCCACCCUGGACACCUCCCUCACUUGGGACUCUAGCCACCUGCUGCUGAGACUGGAGUGUCUAAUUCAGGAGAUACAAACCCUGCGAACUGAAAAUCUGCAUCGGCACCUGGAUGCUGUACCAAACGACUACACGAUGUACAGCUCUGUGUUGCACAGCAUCGUGUCACACAGCGUCGUGGUCCACAGCAUGAAGGCCCGAGCUGUGCGGUACCAGCAGCUGCAGUACGCGUGUGUGGACCAAAUCCCCCGAUAUCCGGCGAAGACGUGCCACGUGCGGCCCGUCUGGCAUAGCGAGGACCUCAUGCGACGGCGCCGCAUUUGUCACGAGCACGCGCUGCGGCAGCUGCAGGAGAGUCUGCCGUUCAACCUCCGCCAUGUUCUUGGAAACCUCGCAGUCAGGGCCUCCAUCGCCGACCAGAUCAUGGACUCCCUCAACGCCCUCGAAGGCGAGUCCAACUCGGUGUGGGUGCAGCGGCUGCUGCGGACGAUGGUCUGGGUGGCUCAGACGUGGCACCCGUCACCCGACAGCCUACAAGACGACGGCGGCGACACGUCGGGACAACGUACGGCCACCGACGCGCGGAAGACGUCCACGUCCACGACGUGCGCGCAGCCGCUGACGUACUCGAUGGACGGGCUGGAGUUCAGGUCGCUGGUGCACCUACGUCUGCCCUUCGCUUCGACGUUCAUGCCCGUAACGGGCCUCUUCCUGUACGGGCUCUCCCUGUGCUGCUUCAGGCUGAUGAAUAUCCUAGAUGACGUGGUCCUGAAGAAGCAGGCGAUGAGCUGCGCCGGCGCGGCGCUGAACCUCGCAGCGCCGCUGCUGCGCCGCCGCUGCGUCGCCGUCUGCGUCGUCCACGCCUUCGUCACCGAGGCCAGGCUCUACCAUCGUCACGCCGUCGCUGGCAUGGGGACUUACCGUCCUGGUGUACAAGCGGGCAACCCUCCCAGUGCCGACGAGGUUAGUCUGAAAUCGAAGUUGAUUCGGCAGCGCCUGACGGGAAUCUUCAUGGUGAUGCAGAAACUGUCGUACCUCCUACCUCUGCUCUACGAGCACUGCGUCGAUCUCAACACCGUCGAUGGACCCAAAAAUUUCAAGGCAGCGUGUGUGGAGACCUGGGCGUUUGUGAUGCCCCCGCGCGUCUUCCCAACGAAGAACGAAGCUGAGAGGAAGGGCAUCCAGCAGACGAUGAUCCUCCUAGCGAACAGCCUCGGCAUCAAACCUGGACAAGUUUUCUUCGGCCUCGGCGACACUGAUAGAGAAGUAAAAUACACGGUUUUGACCAGUUUCCUUGACGGGUACGUCUGGGGGAAACAUCAUGAAAUUGAUAUUAUAACCAACGAAGAUGAAGAGACGUUCGAACCUCCGAUGGUUAGCGGCGACGAUGAGGUACCAAGCACUUCGACUAACACCUACGACGCGCCUGACCUCGAAAUAGACGAUUUCUACUUGACCUCCGAGAAGAAGGCACUUGUCACCAUGUUGCUUACAAAAAGUCAAUUGGAUGAAAUUUUUACGCAUUUUGAAGGGGAAGACCCGUGGGGAGAAGACCUCACACUAGACCAACACCUGAAGAAGCUGAGGAACUGGUUGGGGCAGCUGGUGCAGAACGUAAUAGUGGACCUGAGGUUCCUGAAGCAACACCCAGAGACCUGUUCGCAUUUCUGCUUCCAGUAUGUGAAGCGUGGCGAGCGGAUAAACGAGGAGGUGUCGGUGGGGUACCUACUGCAGGAAUUCGAGCAGCUGGGCAGAAGGUUCCAGGACCCAGAAAGCUACGUGGCUCUCUUCGUGACCAAGACCCUGUAUAUUCUCGACUCCCUCGUCAACGGCGGACUGAUGAAAAAUACUCUUAGAGGAGACUUCGUCGCAUGACGAGGCUGCAUGCCACUACGAAGCAUAAGAUACGACGAUGGCAACAGACACAACGAUGGCUACAGACACGAUGAUGGCAACAGACACGAUGACGCAUUACGGUCACGAUGAUGAAUGGCAGUCACGACAAAACAGUACGGUCACGCCGAAGCACUGCGGUCACGCCGAAGCACUGCGGUCACACGGAAGCGCUACGGUCACACGGAAGCGCUACGGUCACACGGAAGCGCUACGGUCACACGGAAGCGCUACGGUCACACGGAAGCGCUACGGUCGCGACGAAGCUUUUUUAAUGAAUUAUAUUCUUAGAAUUAUUUUAAUACACGUCACUCGUCAUUAAAUAUUCGUCCUACCAAUUUCCCCCAUGUUGCUUGGGAAAUGGUUUGUUUUAUUCCAUGUAGGCAAUAUCCUUACGAUGAUUUUACCAAGAUUUGUGUUGUUAAUAAAGAUGAUUGAGGAGA